AUGACCGAUUACUUGAGCAAUGUCGCCAUCAUCGGCGCAGGCCUUGGCGGAUGUGCUCUGGCAGUAGCGCUUUCUGAAAGGAAGAUACCAGUCACAUUGUUCGAGGCACGCCCCGAGAUCACAGAGGGCAUACCUUCCGGAGUCAUUCUCCCACCCAAUGGCCUUCGCAUACUGGAUCGACUGGGUAUCUUCCAGCGGAUCAGGGAUCCAUGCUACAUUCCAACUGAUCGUGUAUUCAAGAACGACCAAGAUGAGACAACAAAGAAACUACCAGUCGGAGGCGUCGAGCGAUGGGGUUACAGGAAUCAUCGAGUAUGGAGAGGGAUCUUGCUCGACGAGAUGAAAGCCAUCCUGAAGGAACGGAAUGUGACCAUCCACUACGAGUCGAGGUUUCAGGGUAUAGUGUCCGACACAGCCAAAGAAGUGACGUUCCGCGUCAACAACGAAACCAUCCACGCAUCCAUGCUCUUCGGCUCAGACGGCAUCAACAGCUCAAUACGCCAAUACAUCGCCCCAGGCGUCGAGCCCGAAUACACAGGCCUGACAGCAGUCCUAGGCCACAUCAAAUGGUCCAACGUGGACUGGCCAUAUCCCGACUACGAGCACAACGCCACAAUCCAAAGCAAGCCUGGCGCCAUUCUCUGGAUUGCAGAAGAUUCAGAAGCAAAGCAUACACCAAAGCAUUCGAGAGAGGAGCUUGCAAAGUUACAAGCUGAUCCGGAUCAGCUCGCUGCGUUUUAUACGGAGAAUUAUGAUGAGUACGGUCCUACUGCUAGGAAGAUUAUAGAUGCGGUGUGCAAGAGGAAAGAGUCGUUGUUCAUAUGGCCGUUCAUGAAGAUGCCGAAGCUGGAGAGAUGGUAUAGUGAGACUGGACGAGUCGUUCUCGUUGGGAAUGGCGCACAUGCGUUGCCGCCGAGCUCAGGCCAGGGCGUCAAUCAAGCGUUGGAGGAUGUCUACUUCAUUACACUACUUCUCAGUUCGCUUGAUGGGACGCCAUCUUCGACUGGACAAACAACACGACCCACCCGCCUCCCAGAAGCAGAAAGACAGAAAGUGUUGGCGGAAGGUAAAGUGAAAACCGACCAGGAGGAGGACAUGGACUGGCUGUAUCAGCCCAACAUCGACGAGAAAGUAGAUGUCUGGCUUCAGAAACAAAGAUGA